AUCAAGUCAUUCACCCCCCCUGUGGUAAAUGGAAGAGUCUCUUAACCUUUAACCCGCACCUGUAGACCAAGACCACGUACACAACAGUCGGAUUUUAUUAAACCAUGGACCAAUUGAAGGAGAAGGAGGAGCGACUACGUGAGGCUGCAUGUGUGGGGGAUGAGGACACCCUGUGCAGUCUGCUGGCCAGUGGGGUCGGUGUUAACUCUCAGAACCCUGUCAACGGAUGGAGUCCUCUCCACUGGGCAGUGAAACGCGGCCAUAAGAACCUGGUGUCCCGCCUGCUGGCAGCCGGAGCUGACCCUGCUCUACUGACCAGUCAGGGACAGGUGCCGGCACAGCUGACCGACUCACCAGACAUCAGGAGUUUGUUGGGAGCAUCCCCUGAUGAGUCCCCGCCCAAAGCGGAGCCCCUGCCCAUCACACCAAACUACAUGGCCAACCCUCCCUUCCCGUACGUGAAGCAGGAGCAGGGACCGCGGUCUGCAGUCAACGGCAGUCCAGCCCGGCACAGGGUCGCUCUGGAACAACCACAGUCUCAUGUACCAGGGAGGCAGCAGUACACACCAGCUGUGGAUCAAGAACUUGUACUGAAGGUGAGAGUAGCCAACCCCAUGCAGAUGGAGAAUGACUUUAUUGAGAUUGAGAUGGACCGGUCCAAGCUGACCUUCCGUGACCUGCUGGCCACCUGCUGCCGCGAGCUCCAGGUGCAGCCGGAGAAGGUGCAGAAAGUCCGCAAGCUGCCCAACACCAUGCUCAGGAAGGACAAAGAUGUGACCAGACUGCAUGACUUCCAGGAGAUUGAGCUGGUUCUGAAGACGACAAACAAACCAGCAAACCCGCAGUACGUCAUCAGCCCUUCAACAGACGGACCCGCGUCUUUCGUGUACUAGCAGGGGAACUUUGACUGGCACAAUGGCAGAACGCACUGCACCUGUGCAAAAUCUGUUAUGUAUUAUGCUGAACACUUCAUCAGAACGUCUCAUUGAAAGUCGAAUUUAAGGACGAAUCCUGUCUAACUAAGGUUUCAAAUGUUGUGUCGGCAAAGAUAUUGUCUACAAAAGGGACAGCACAGAUGCAACAUUGACCAAGCAUCAAACUGAACAAUCUGGAUUUUGCCAGGUGCAGUAUGUUUUGCCAAGGUGUUUCUUUGAUCCCAAUGGGGUCUGCAUUGUUGCAUUAUAGUGUCAUUGUAUCUUUGCUGAACUACUAAAACAAGCAAGAAAGGAGCUUGAUGCCAGUUCCUUACAAAUUCAAUUCUAUUACAGUGGCAGAGGGCUGAGUUUUAACACAUUUAUAUUCAUUGUGAAGCGCAUCAGAAAGUUAGGGGUGAGGUGAAAAUUGUAAAUGUUGUGAUUUGGUCUCUGUCAGUAUUAAUGGAUAUUACUAGUAUGCAACUUACUAGCAACUUUGCAGUUUGUACUUAAAUAGCUUAGUGCAUACUAUGUUACAGUAUCCUCAAGGAUCCAGACAGUUUUCAAUGUACAGUAUGUUUUACAAAGUCUUCCUCUGUCUUGUCUGCAUUUUCUUGCUUUAAGUUUUUUUAUCUCAGU